AUGGGGAGCAAUGUUUGCUCCACAACGGGGCCUUAUCAGCAACCUUUACCCGUGUUUGCCUGGCCCUCCAGCCAGCCCCUGGCUCCCCAGGACAAGGUCCGGCUGGCGGCGCUGGGCAGCGGCGCUGGCUCAGCACACAGCAGGAGCAGGGCAGCCACCCCCGCGGAGCUGUCCCAGCCCCGCAGCCAGCACCCCGUGAUGGAGCCUGGUGCUGAUGGCCCGGAGCAGACCUCGCUGCCGCUGGAGCUGAGCAGGUUCCAGCUCUCCGAGGAGUUCGGCUUCCUUCUUCCCCACCCGCUGGGUGGGAGAAGAUCCACAGCCUUGUGGCACUGUGAGCAGCCAGCCCCUGCACUAAGCCUCUGCCUCUCACCUCUCCCCAAGACAGAGCUGCCAGCAGCCUAUGCUCCCUGGAUGGAGAUUGCCCAGGACCUGCCCCAGCUGAUUGCCAGCCACCAGCUCCGCUCCCGAGUUCACCAGAUGCCGCAGCUGAGCACCCAGCAGCUCGGAGGGCACGAGGAGCUGCACUUGGCACACCUGGUGCUGAGCUUCAUCACCAUGGGCUACCUCUGGCAGGAGGGAGAGGAGGGCACUGUGAAGGUGCUGCCCCGAAACCUUGCUGUGCCCUUCUGGGAGGUGUCCCAGAGCCUCGGGCUGCCCCCCAUCCUCAGCCAUGCUGACUUCGUGCUGGCCAACUGGAGGAGGAGGAGCCCCAGCGGGCCUCUGGAAAUGGACAACCUGGACACCAUCAUCUCGCUGCCUGGAGGGGAGAGCCUGCGAGGCUUCAUCCUGGUCACCUUCCUGGUGGAGAAGGCAGCUGUGCCUGGCAUUAAGGCCAUCGUCCAGGCCACCCAUGCCAUCCUGCAGCAGGAUGAGGAGAGCCUGCACAGAGCCCUGCAGCAGCUGGCAGAGGCCAUCGGGGGCAUGAGCCAGGCCUUGAAACGGAUGCACGACCACGUGGAUCCAGCAGUGUUCUACGCCGUGAUCCGCAUCUUCCUCUCGGGCUGGAAGGACAACCCUGCCAUGCCGGACGGGCUGAUCUACGAAGGGGUAGCCGAGGAGCCCCUGGAGUACUCGGGCGGGAGCGCGGCGCAGAGCAGCACCCUGCACGCCUUCGACGAGCUGCUGGGCAUCCAGCACAGCCAGCAGAGCUCUGCCUUCCUGCACAGGAUGAGGGACUACAUGCCCCCAGCCCACAGAGCCUUCGUGGAGGAGAUCCAGCACGGGCCCUCCCUCAGGCAGCUGCUGCUGCGCUCGGGCUCCCCGCGGCUCCGCGCAGCCUUCAACCGCUGCGUCUCGGCCCUGGUGGACUUCAGGUCCUACCACAUCGCCAUUGUCACCAAGUACAUCACCCUGGCUGCAGCCAAGGCCAGGCAGGCAGAGCUGGGGGCCAGGGCUGGCCCCGCCCUGGGGAAGCCUCCAUCGGCGCUGGAGGCCAAGGGCACCGGCGGCUCCCACAUCUUCCUCUUCCUGAAGAGCAUCAGGGACAGCACCAGGGAAGGGCUGAUCCCGGCCUGACCUGCCCAGAGGGGCUGCGAGGGACUGCUCAGGGGGUGCAGGAGACCAGAGGGCUCCAGUGUGUGUCUGCAGGGCCCCUGCCACAGCCCAGCCACCCACAGCCUCCUCCCAGCAGCACCCUUCCUGCUGGUGCACAGCUGGGACACAGGGAAUGUGCUCCGGGCUAGAGAGAGGAGGGCACUGC